UGGGGGCAGUUUAGUGGAUAAACUCCAAAAAACUUCUACUUGCAAGUAUUUGGGGUUUUAGCAUUUCCCCCCACGUGUUGAGCAUCGCGCUGCUGUGAUUGGUUGUCUUGAUAAGCAAAGGGAUGUGAUUGGUUAUCAGAUUACGUACUUCCCUUCUUCUUCUGCCCGCACUCCUCUUGUUGCCUCUUCAUCUUGAAACUUUUACAAGUGUAGUGUCAGUUUUCAUUUUGUGUUUUCAGGACUGUCGGUUGUUGAAGAACACCACCAUGGCCUCCGCAUCAGAGUUGAAGAUCGGUAAAAAGCUACAUGAGGGAAAGACGAAGCAGAUUUUUGAACUUGAGGGUGAGUCCGGAGUGGUUCUGGUUCAGUCCAAAGACCAGAUCACAGCGGGGAAUGCCGUGAGGAAAGACCAGAUGGAGGGAAAGGCUGCCAUCGCCAACAAAACAACGAGCUCCGUGUUCAAGCUGCUGCACGAUUCUGGCAUUAAAACUGCCUUUGUAAGGAAGCACUCAGACACGGCGUUCAUUGCCACCCACUGUGAGAUGAUUCCUAUUGAGUGGGUAUGUCGCAGAGUGGCAACUGGAUCCUUCCUCAAGAGAAACCCAGGAGUAAAGGAAGGCUACCGCUUCUCCCCCCUGAAGAUGGAGAUGUUCUUCAAAGAUGAUGCCGCCAAUGACCCUCAGUGGUCAGAGGAGCAGCUGCUGGAGUCAAAAUUCUCUCUGGCUGGGCUCACUAUCGGUCAGUGCGAGGUGGACAUCAUGAAUCGCAGCACUGUGGCCAUCUUUGAGAUUCUGGAGAGGUCCUGGGCCACUCAGAACUGCACGCUGGUGGAUAUGAAGAUCGAGUUUGGCGUGAAUGUGAAGACUCAGGAGAUUGUCCUCGCUGAUGUGAUCGACAAUGAUUCAUGGAGGCUGUGGCUGGCUGGAGAUCGGAGCCAGCAGAAGGAUAAGCAGGUGUACCGAGACCUGAAAGAAGUUACCCCUGAGGCGAUGCAGAUGGUGAAGAGAAACUUUGAGUGGGUCUCCGAAAGGGUCAAGCUGCUGCUGGAGCCCCUCGCCAGAGGCAGGGUGGUGGUUCUGAUGGGCUCCACCUCCGACCUGGCUCACUGUGAAAAAAUCAAGAAGGCCUGUAGCUCCUUCGGGAUCCCCUGCAUCCUGAGAGUCACCUCGGCACACAAAGGUCCGGAUGAGACACUCCGCAUCAAAGCUGAAUAUGAAGGUGAUGGCGUACCCACGGUGUUUGUGGCCGUGGCCGGCAGGAGUAAUGGCCUCGGCCCGGUGAUGUCUGGAAACACUGCGUACCCAGUCAUCAACUGCCCUCCUCUCACUCCAGACUGGGGUGCACAAGAUGUCUGGUCAUCCCUGCGUAUGCCAAGUGGUCUCGGCUGCUCGACCAUCCUCUCCCCUGAGGCCGCUGCUCAGUUUGCCGCGCAGAUUUUCGGGUUGACCGAUCAUCUGGUGUGGUGCAAGCUGAGGGCCUCCAUGCUCAACACCUGGGUGUCUCUCAAGCUGGCUGACAAGAAGUUACAGGCCUGCAGCCUCUGAAAGGCUCCUUUCACCCUUGUGUUGUCUUCUUAGGCUCCACGUUCUGUCACUGAUGUGUCUUUGUUUACCAUGAGAAGCCACUUACAGUAGAUGAAGUCUCCCUAUGAUUUCUCAAACGCAUAAAUCAUUCCAUUAAAGAAAGCUUCUUAAUUAAAA